UACAACAAAGUUAAAAACGCCACAAGGCGGCAUCGCCAAAAGUAGCUACAUCUAUUUAACUACCCAUACGCACUGCACAGCUUUUGUUAGCAGUCCGUCGCUCGCAUUUCACAAACCUCCGCUGCCCGCCGCUUUGUUCUUCCUUCAGGAGUCUUUCUCUCUUUAAUCUUUACACCCUCGCUUCCUCCGUCUCGUUUUUGCUGCUUUUACCUUUCUGCUUCGUCCAUUUUCUUGAAUCGUCUAAUCAUGGCAACUAGGCUUCAAUUUGAGAAUAAUUGUGAAGUUGGGGUUUUCUCUAAGUUGACCAAUGCGUAUUGUUUGGUCGCAAUUGGUGGGUCGGAGAAUUUCUACAGUACAUUUGAGACUGAAUUGGCAGAUUAUAUCCCUGUUGUGAAGACUUCUAUUGCUGGUACAAGGAUUAUAGGGCGAAUGUGUGCAGGAAACAAGAAUGGGCUUCUUGUGCCUCACACCACAACUGACCAGGAACUCCAACACUUGAGGAACUGUCUUCCUGAUUCAGUAGUUGUUCAACGUAUUGAAGAAAAGCUAUCUGCUUUAGGAAACUGCAUAGCAUGCAAUGACUAUGUUGCUCUGACCCACACUGAUCUUGAUAAGGAAACAGAGGAGCUUAUUGCAGAUGUUCUUGGCGUUGAGGUCUUCAGGCAGACAAUUGCUGGAAACAUUCUUGUGGGAAGCUACUGUGCGAUCACCAACAAAGGUGGUUUGGUCCAUCCUCACACCUCAAUUGAAGAUUUGGAUGAGCUUUCUACACUACUUCAGGUCCCCCUGGUGGCUGGAACAGUUAACCGAGGUAGUGAAGUAAUUGCUGCUGGUUUGACAGUAAAUGACUGGACGGCGUUUUGUGGUUCUGAUACAACAGCUACUGAACUAUCAGUAAUUGAGAGUGUCUUCAGGUUGAGGGAAGCCCAACCUAGUGCUAUUGUUGAUGAGAUGAGGAAGUCAUUAAUCGACAGCACUAUAUGAGCGUCUUUGAUUUUUCUGUUCCUGUUACCUAUCAUUGCAGGAAAUGUAGUUAAUAAUUAAAGGAGCUCCAUAUUGUUCCUCAAAGUCAUCGACGUUGAACUUCAGUAUAGGAAGAAGUGUUGGUCCAACUGUUUGGAAUUAUAUCUGGAACUUUUGGCUUUGUAAUGAACUAUUAGAAUUAUUAUGUUUGGAAUGUUGGCUAUGUUAGAAUGAACAUUUAACCAGAUAUGGUAGAAUUCUCAACAAUGAUUGUUAUAGCUUA